ACAUCCGCAUCUAGUCAGGGACAACGUUCCUUAGAUGAUGUCGCAGUUGUUCUGCCUUGUAAACAGAAUGACUGGAAACUGAUUUUAUUGUUAAUAAUUAUAAAUGCAACAAAAUGUGUGCAGUUUGUAAUAUUAUCUUGUUUACAAAUGGAAAGGAAAUAUAGUAUAAAUAUAAGAAAUGAAACUUUCUUUUUCGGUGUUCAUGCGAAAUGAAUGAUGGAAUAGAAUUGGCAAACCUGAAUUACACCUUAAAAAAUUUCAUUAUUCAUAUUUACGGUUGUUCUCAAGACACAGCGUUGAUGUAAGCUGCAUACAAAACUGUAACUGAAAUGCUGAAUAAAAAGGGCCAUAUUUAAAUCAAAGUGAAGGGAAUACUAUCUAACUUGGUCGUUUCACUGUCUUUGAUGGCGGGAAAGCCUUGUAUGAAGUUUUCAGUUACUGAGAAAUGAGUUAAGCAUGGUGUGAAGUCAAAGUUGACGAUAGCACCGAUGUCCAGGGUCAGCACCAGAAGGUUUUCGGGAAGUUACAGCGGAAGCAAACCAAGGAAACCUCCAACCAUCUGUCUCCACAAACACACUAGAGGUGAUUAAGAGGGCUAUGAAUGCCUACAAAAAAUGGAGAAGAGAUGUCCUAUCAAAAGAGUCUGGAAAAUUGUCUGACUUACAUGCUCUAUUGAAAUCGAAGGAAAAUAUUUUGAAAAUGGACAAUUCUGAACUUAAUUUCGUGUUAUCUUGUUUUUUCCUUGCCGUUAGAAAAGAAAAUGGGGAGGUAUAUCUCCCUGACACUAUUCAUGUCUUUAUUUCAGGUAUCCAGAAACAUUUUCAAAUGAAUGGCCGGGAUGUGUCAUUUUUCAUUGAUACUCAAUUUAAAGGCCUUAAAAAUUGUCUUGAAAACUUACUGAAAGAAAGAAGUAAAUUAGGUAUUUGUUUAUACAAAAAGCAAGCAAAACCAAUAACAACAGAACAAGAAGAUAAGCUAUGGCAAAGCAAACUCUUGGGUGAUGAGACACCUAGAAUGCUUCUCAACACUAUGUUUUGGAUUAUUAGAAUAUAUUUUGGACUCAGAGGGGGACAGGAACAUAGUAAUCUUGCCCUGAAUAAUUUCAAAAUAGGAUGUGACACAGAUGGUAGGCGCUUUUUGCAAUACACAGAGACGAUGCCAAAAACAAACAGCAGGUUAAAAUACAGACGUGUUAACCCUCAUUGUGCCAAAGCUUACGAGUUAAUUGAGAAUCCUGCACGAUGUCCAGUUGCUAUUUUUCAAAAGUAUACUUCAAAACUCCAUCCAUCUUCGAAUCCCAAAAAAUUCUAUUACAAUCCGAUCAUAAAUGGCGGCCUCAGAGGACCUUGGUUCACCCUUGUAGCCGUUGGACAUAGACAGCUUAACCAAGUAGUCAAAACUAUUAUGCAUGACGCAGGAUACGAAGGUCAUUAUACAAACAAUUCAUUGCGGGUUACUGCUACAAGGUUAACUAAUGCGGAAGUUCCAGACCAACUUAUUAUGGCACAAACAGGACAAUGUAGCAGUGCAGACGGCCUAGUCGAGAUCAGAUAAAAAAAAUGUUUCUGACGUUCUCUGGUCGCAUAAAAUUAUGUAAACAGAAAACAUUUCCAAUGCUCAAGAAACAAAUUUUAAAGUCUUGAGUUUAAUCGAAAAUGAAUCAAAACAAAGUUCCUCUCUCCCAGGAUCUCUUGAAAUAUCUGGUUCUUCUUGUUUCACGAUAAAUUUGUAUAGCUUGUAAAACAUAUAAAGGGAAUACUUUGCAGAACUAAAAACAAACUGUUGCAGUUUUUGAUUUGUAUGGUUGUACACAGUUGACAGAUGUUUUUUGUACUAUUUGAUGAGCAGGUGUAAGUUAGGUAGUGCGCAUGUUAUACAGUAGUUGCACACAAACUAGCUAUUACAAAUAGUUCAUGCUAAAGUAUAAAAACGUAUGUCUCUUCUGUACCACCAUUGAUUUAUACUUUUAAUUGCAAGUUGAAAAGGUGAUAUAUUGUAUAUUCACAUGAAAAUUUGCAUUAAUUUUAUUCACCCGCAUGAUUUACUUAAGAAUAUGUCGAUGUUGUGUACACUUGGCUAUAAGAUAUAUGGGAAUGUUAAUAAUCAAGUCAUAGUUAAUCAUGAUGUAUAAAGUUAUGUUUUGAAAGCCAUUGAAUCAUUCUUAUUGAAGGCUUAAUAAAUUCAUGCAGUUUUA